GCUCUCUGACGUCUGAAAACUGAACGACAAAGACGCCUUUAUAAAUCAAGAUUUGUGUUCUGAGACUUCCGAGAAGAGGCCAAAGCCCACAAAACCAGGCAGAAUACUAUACACUGGCAAAAUUAAUCAUUAUCAUUCAUUAUGAUACCGAUUGUCAAACUCACAGCAUGACACUGGUGAUCUGGUGAUAGAACGAUCUUGAACUCUUGAACCUCAGAUCAACUACUGUCUUGAACUGAUAGACUGAGACUGACAGGUGACAGAUAGAGAGGAGAGAAGAGACCGACCCGACCCGAGAAAUCGCAAUAUUGUUUUGGUACUUGGAAGUGCUAGAGAUUUUUCCCGGAUUUGUAAAAUAAUACCAAUAAUAUCAAUAUACCUAAUACCAAUAAUAAAAAUACUAAACUAUACAUGACAAUGCAGGCGUAAAUCUACAAGUUUACUUGCCGGUAGGUACCAGAGGCAUAACAGAUUAUCACAAUGGAAGAAGAUGAAUAUUACACGGAAAAUAGCUGGAAAAACUUGAGUCUUUGUGCUGAGCCAACCCUUUAUGAGGGCCUAAAAUUUGCAAGAGAUAUCAUAUUAUGGAACAUAAUUCUGCGGCUUAUCGUACAAUACAUAAAUCCUCCCCUCAAUAUUUGUCACAGUCUUUCUUUAAUGAUUGGCAUCCUUCUACUGUAUUUAAACAUUGGCCAACCAAUUAUAUGGACUUUAGGUAUAACUUUUGGAUCUUACAUUUUUAUAGUUACAUUAUCACUGGUAACCACAAGAUGGAGAGGACUCUUGGUGUCUCUUGGUAUGGUUACCUUCCUCAUAUCUAGCGAAAUUUUUAUUGUAAAUCCAAAAAUGUGGCAACAAAUAAGAGGAAUUCAGAUGAUAGCCACUAUGAAAAUAAUAUCUGUUGCAGUUGAAUUGGAUAGAGGUUUAUUCAAAAGCAUGCUGAAUCCAAUUGAAUUUGCAGGAUAUUUACUCUGUCCAGCCAAUUCCUUGCUAGGUCCAUGGAUAUCCUUUAAUAAAUAUAAUCAUUAUCUUGGAGUCAGAUUCCUUUCAUUCAGGUGGAUAAAAAUAAUCUCAAUUAAUUUGUUUUUGUCUAUGUUGUACUUAGUUUUAUCAAAUUGCGUAGUUCCAUGGUAUAUUGAUGAUGAUGCAAGUAAAUGGCUCUUAGCUUAUCGGGAUGCACAAGCAUUUAGAAUGUCGCAUUAUUUUGUUUCUACCAUGUCUGUAGUAUCAAUGAUUAGUGCUGGUUUUGGAUUAAGCAAUGAUUGCCGUUCAGAGGUGCAAGUCACUAAGCCAUACUUUAUAGAAUUGCCCCGUUCUCUUGUUCAAGUUGUUGUAUAUUGGAAUAUUCCUAUGCAUAAAUGGCUCAAAAAUUAUGUAUUUAAACCAUGUCAACCAUAUGGACAGUUUACUGCCAUAUUGGUUACCUACACAAUGUCUUCUGUUCUCCAUGGCUUUAAUUUUCAAUUAUCUGCAGUAUUACUUAGUAUAGGAACAUUUUCAUUUGUCGAGUAUAAUUUUCGUGUAAAGGUGGCUGCGGCGUUAGAGGUGUGUUGUUUAGCAAAUCCAUGUAUUAAACAAUGUAAUCACAAAUAUAGAAAGGGUAGUUUUCUUACUCUGUUUGUCAACUUUUUAUUUGGUCUUAUCACUGUAACACAUUUAGCAUACUUAGGUGUAAUGUUUGAAGCAUCCUUUUCUCUACAGGAAUCUGGAUACUCAUAUCUCCACACACUAAGCAAAUGGGAAAAUCUUAAUUAUUUUAGCCAUGGCUUUGUUGCAUUCUUGUAUGUAAUAUUUUUAGCAUUGUGAUCUACAAAGAACAAUGUUGUUCUUAGAUUGUGAUAGUAUAAGUAGAAACUUGUACUUAGUUAUAGGCUUUUGAUUAUGAAUCUCAUAAAAUACCUUGUUAAUUAGCAAGUAGGUGUACUUAUUUUUAUGCAAUACUAAUAUUAUAGUUAAUUCCAAGUAGUUUAAUGUAAGUACCUAAAUGGACAACCAGUACAGUACAGUAUUAAUCUACAUUUUAGUGAUACUAUUUAAGAAUCUCACAAAUGCGAAGCAAUAAAAAAUAUCAUGACUGUAUUUAAUUAAUAAGCAUUAACAUAAUAUAAUUAUUCAUAUUGAUAUUAAAGUAUAGAUAGAUGUGCAUGACAGGUAGGUAUUAUUAUCCACUAACUAUUCGUUAUCUUUGUACUUGUUAGUGAGGAUCUCUUUAUUAUGCAGAUUCAGGUACAAUUUACCUCAGAUGAUAGACACUUACCUAAAUGAUAAAUGUAUCUAUGGUUAAUUUAAUAAAGUAACUACUAAAACUGGUUUUCUAUACAUCAUCAAAUGAGGGCAUCUUCUUAUUUAAAUAUGUAUUUUAUGGUUCUUUGUAAUUUGUAUAGAAAACCAGUUAAUAUACAACAUAUCAGCCAAAAUACUUCCAUUGUUGACCAUAUGCCUCUCCUAUGGGGCAUCCCCACUACCUCACCUGGUAAGAUUACUUCACUUUCUAUUGCUAGUUAAAUAGUUUAGUGGUUAAACUUAAACAAUUGAGUUAUUAUAACAACACCCCACAAAGUUUUAGGUACAAUCAGGCAAUAGUGUAGGUAAGUAUUUCAACACCCUAUAUUAGGGAUAGGUAAAUAACAAGUUGUGUAACUAUUUAUAAUUAAGAUCAUCAAUUUAAAUAAAAACUCAAACAUAAUUCCAUAUGAUACUAUUGUUUUUAUACAAGAAAAUUACAAAUUGUGUAAUUAAUUAUAAUUAAGAUCAUCAAUUUAAAUAAAAACUCAAACAGAAUUCCAUUUGAUACUAUUGUUUUGUAUACAAAAUAUUUUCUUGAAACAUCCUUUAGAGUUAUUAACAAUUACUUCAUGGAUUAGUUUUCCCUCUGAUACAUCUGUGCUAAGCCUUAUAUUAAAGUUACAUUCAGUAUUUUCAGUGGUCUCCUUGUUAGAACAGAAAUAUUCUGGUUUAGUGAGCAUUAAGGUGACUUUGAAUUCCUUUGUAGCCUUUAAAAUGAGUUUCAAGAUAUUCUUAACAUAUGAGGACAUUUUCAUUAUUUUACUAUUUUGUUCAGACCAGUAAAAUGAAGUGAGUGUAUCGAAAACUAUAAGUGUUAUAUUUGGGCAUCCCAUUAGUACAGUGUCAAGUCUUUGUAUUGUCACAUAAAAUUGACUAGAAUCAUACACAUUAAUGAUAUGCAGACGGUUGAAACAUUCUUUGACUAAUGAAUUAUUCUCUUCUAAAUUUUCGUGACGUGACAAUAUUUUUUCUUGUAAUGUACUCAAUAAAUUAUGUAAACUCAUAUUACCAUCAGUAGUGAAAAGUAAAACAUCUACUUCUGCACCACCAAGUGCCACUGGAAGUAUAGCUUCACAAGUUAUAUCCAUAACUAAAUAAGUUUUUCCAGUUCCACUCUUUCCAAUUAUUUCAAUGACAUCAUUUGGGUUAGGUCCAUUGUCAAACAAAGUAGGAUAAAAAUUAUGAAGAUUUCGCUUUUUGCUUAGUCUAGCUAGUAACUGUACACCAGAUUCCACUUUUAUUAGUGAUGAAGACAUGCUUAGAACGUUACUCUCGGUAGAGAGUAUUAUGUUCCUUGGUACAUUAGGUAUGUCUUUGUAAUCGUUGCGUUGAAAUAUUAUUUGGUCCACUACUGUUUUGGUUUAUUCCUGUAGUUAUCUUUAGCCACGAGAUAUAAUCAAUUAUUUCUUCAUAUUCAUCUUUUACAUAGUGCCUUUAACUCUUAAGUUCUAACUGUUCAGAAGUGUAUAUUACUACGUAAACUCUUUUACGCUCGUACGUUCAACUCUUUUUUGAGUUUUGUUUACAAAACAACAACACAACCAAAACC